AAUAUGGCGUGAUCCAAUUGACACGAGAAGUUUUGAUACAUCAUCCGUUGCUAAUUGCCAAUUGUGGAUGGUCCUGAUUUUGUGUGAAUUAUUAAGGCGCAAAACUUUUCAAAUAAGCUAACGUUGAAUUCAAGUUUUAGUUCGUUUUAAGUGAAUAUUUGUGAUUAUUGGACAUUUUCUGUGAUUGUAUUUAAUGUGUGGUUAAGCUUUUAAGCAUGAUGAAGUUGUAUAAAGAAAGACUGCUGUCGGAUGCCCAGUUAAAACGUUUAGGUGAACAUCAGUAUUCAUGUCAAAGUGUUAGUAUAAUGGACAAAUUAUUGCAACCCUAUUGGAAUUGGUUAACGUCAAAAGUGCCCAUUUGGUUAGCACCUAACCUCAUCACCAUUUUGGGGCUCGUUGUAAAUAUUGUCACCGCUUUAAUUCUAAUAUGGUAUUCACCAGACGCAAAACAGGACGCUCCGCGGUGGGCGUGUGGGUUGUGCGCUCUGGGCCUUUUUGUCUACCAAAGUCUAGACGCGAUAGACGGUAAGCAGGCCAGGAGAACCGGGACGGCCAAUCCCCUAGGUGAAUUGUUCGACCACGGCUGCGACUCGAUAUCCACCGUCUUCGUGGCCUUAUCGGCGACCAUAGCCAUCCAGCUGGGCUACUAUCCAGGAUGGAUGUUUUUCCAGUGCUUUUGUGCUAUGACACUUUUUUAUUGUGCCCAUUGGCAAACCUACGUGUCCGGGACGUUGCGCUUCGGGAGAAUCGACGUCACGGAAGCCCAGUACACCAUCAUGGGUAUUCUCCUGGUGUCCACCGUCUGCGGGCCUAGGAUAUGGUCGACAAAGUUUUUUAGCGGUACUGUGUAUUUGUGGUAUUUAAUACCAUUAAGCACUAUAGUGUGCGGCCUGUGGUCGCUUUACCAAAGUAUUAUUGUGAUAUGCACUGGAGGUGUCGGCAAGAACGGAUCGACUGUCGCUGUGUUCGGCUAUUCUUUCGAUUGGUGUCACGUGAUGGCUACCGUGUUUUCCCUGGGAUAUCUCAACUUGUUUUACACCUUAGUCGAACGCAUCAAAAUGGGCGGAUGCGGCAAGAACGGAUCGACGGUCGCUGGAACAAGUGUCUUAUCGCCGAUUAUACCGUUCUCAAUGGUGCUCGUGCCUGCGUUUAUAAUUUAUCAAAAGUCGACGGAACACGUCUACGAAGAGCACCCGACGUUGUAUAUUUUGGCCUUUGGGUUAGUAGCUGCUAAAGUGACUAAUCGUCUUGUGGUUGCUCAUAUGACGAAAAGUGAAAUGGAUUAUAUGGAUUGGUCGCUUUUAGGACCGACGAUGCUCUUCUUGAACCAGUACUUUAAUACUUUCGUAAAAGAGUACUAUAUUUUGUGGUUGUGUUUGAUAUGGGUGGUGAUAGAUUUGCUGCGAUAUUGUUACCAGAUUUGUAUGGAAAUUUGUGAUUACCUUCGUGUGGAGUUGUUUAGAAUACCGUAUCCAGGAGGCCCGCAGCGGGCCGCCCCUCCAUUGCUCCAUCUUCCUACAGAGAAAAACGGUAAAUCUGAAAAGAAAAUGCACUGUUCAGAUGGAGAAGACGUUGUGCCUUUGUUACAGUCUGACGAAAACUUAUAAACAUUUGGACUAUUGCCGCAAGUGUGCCUUGUUCGCUCUCGUUGACCAGCAAAAGAACAUAUUUUCUGAAGUAUUUUUGGAGUAUUGUCAUUUUUUAAUUUAUUUUAAUUCUAUUUUCAUGUCACUACUUAACAAACUAGUUACUGUGAAUUGUAUACAUGUUCCUUGCGAAAAGAACAAUAUUAAAUUUUUUUGCUUAA